GGACGAGAGACUGAUAAGGAGCAGUUGCAGGUUAGAAAUGGCAGAAUAUUGGUGUAUGGGAAUCUUCUUUGCAGCAUCAAUAUAUAUCUAUUGUUGAUCCUUGGAGAUGAAGAAUUUUCUCAUCCCAGCUGGAAACAUGCUUUGUAUCUGAAAUGAAGUUUUCUAUUGUAACUCAGUUUAAUCCACUGGACCAAGGAUGCUGAGAUCAUACUAACAUUUAAUCACUAGAGAUCAGUUCUUCAACUGCAUGAUUGUGUAAGGGAUUCAAAACGUCUGACAUCUGACUUUCUGAAUUGCCAGAGAAUUGAUCACUGUGUGAUAUAAUUCCCCUUCUCUCAGUGUGUGAAUAGAUUUACUCACAUCCUACCCACAGACACACCAGUUAGUUCACAGUGGGGAGAGGCCAUUGUGUGUGUGGGAGGAGAUCUACUCUAUGGUCCAGCCUGAAGAUACAUCAGCAGGGUCACAGCACAGUGAGAUUCUCCACUUGUUCUGACUGUUGGAAACAAUUUAUUUUGUCUUUGAAAUUUCAUAAGUGAGAGGACGAGGACUUGCUCAGACUGUGAGAAGUCAUUCACAUACUCCUCCACACUUUCGAGACACCAUCUAGUGCACAUUGGGGAGAGGCCAUUACCUGCUCUGAAUGACGGAAGGGAUUCAUUCAAUCAUUUCAGUAAGUACACACUGGACAGAGGCCAUUCACACUGAGAUCUCAGCUGAAGGAACAUCAGUGAGUUCAUGCCGAGAAGAUGCCGUUCACCUGCUCAGACUGUGGGAAGCAAUUCACUCGGUCUUCUCAACUGAACGAACAUCAGCGAGUUCACACUGGGGAGAGGCCUUUCACCUGCUCAGAUUGUGGGAAGGGAUUCACACACUCAUCCACGCUGCAGAGACAUAAGCGGGUUCAUACUGGGGAGAAACCGUUCAUCUGCUCAGAUUGCAGAAAGGAAUUUGCUCGGUCUUCAGACUUGAAAGUACAUCAGCGAGUUCACACUGGGGAGAAACCAUUCACCUGCUCGUACUGUGGGAAGGAAUGCAGUCGGUCAUCUGACUUAAAAAUACAUCAGCGUGUUCACACUGGGGAGAAACCGUUCACCUGCUCUGAAUGUGGGAAAGGAUUCACUCAAUCAUCCACGCUUGUGAAGCACUACCGAGUUCACUCUGGGGAGAAACCGUUCACCUGCUCUGAAUGUGGGAAGGAAUUUACUCAGUCAUCUACACUUGUGAUGCACUACCGAGUUCACACUGGGGAGAGGCCGUUCACCUGCUCUGAAUGUGGAAAGGGAUUCACUCAGUCUUUUCAACUGAAUGAACAUCAGCGAGUUCACACUGGGGAGAAACCGUUCACAUGCUCAGACUGUGGGAAGGAAUUCACUCGGUCAUAUGAUUUGAAAGUACAUCAGAGAGUCCACACCGGGGAGAGGCCAUUCACCUGCUCUGACUGUGGGAAGGGGUUCACUCGAUCAUCACAAUUACAGGUACACCAGGUAGUUCACACUGGGAAGAGGCCGUUCACUUGCUCAGAUUGUGGGAAGAGAUUCACUCACUCAUCCACAUUACAGGGACAUCAGCGAGUUCACACUGGGGAGAGGCCGUUCACCUGCUCUGAAUGUGGGAAGGGAUUCAAUCGGUCAUCUCAACUGAAUGAACAUCAGCGAGUUCACACUGGGGAGAAACCGUUCAUCUGCUCAGACUGUGGAAAGGGAUUCACUUGGUUAUCUGACUUGAAAGUACAUCACCGAGUUCAUACCGGGGAGAGGCCAUUCACCUGCUCGGACUGUGGAAAGGGAUUCACAAACUCAUCCACACUACAGAGACACCAGCGAAUUCACACUGGAGAGAAGCCGUUCACCUGCUCUGAAUGUGGAAAGGGAUUCACUCAGUCAUCUACCCUUGUGAAACACUACCGAAUUCACACACGGGAGAGGCCAUUCACCUGCUCUGAAAGUAAGAAGAGAGUUACUCGGUCAUCCCAACUGAAGGAACAUUAGCAAGUUCACACUGGGUAGAGGCUGUUCACCUGCUCAGAUUGUGGGAACGGAUUCACACACUUAUCCACACUACCACCAGGUUCACACGGGGAGAAGCCAUUCAUCUGCUCUGAACGUGGGAAGGAUUCAUAGUCAUCCAACCUUGUGUCACACUACCAAGGUUUGACCAGAGGCUAAAAGAACAAUCAGAAGCUUGAGAGGAUGUGAUUCACUCAGGUUCACUGAUCAAGUAUUAAAGGCAAGAUUUUCUUUGAAGCUUUAAGCAGUGGCCCGUCAGUGUUUGGGACUGAUUAGCAAAAACAAGUUAAAGUAAGGUAGGGGUAAGCAGGGUGGCAACCAUCAGAGUGGACAGAGUCAAGAGUGGAAGUUUUGAGGCUUCAGUGAGGAGAGCUUUCAGUUAGAGAAGGCAAAUAAAAGCUACAGGUAAACUUUAACAUGAGGAAAUCUGCAGAUGCUGGAAAUUCAAGCAACACACACAAAAUGCUGGUGGAACACA